AUGGAGCAGAUAGCAGUCCACAAAGCAGUCCACAAAGCUCACCUGCAAAGGAGGUUUGGGAGUCUGGUGAAGGGAAUCAACCCACUCAGUCCGAUGUGCAGAGACCUGUUCAUUCCAAACAGGGGCAAGGGAAUCAAUACCGAUAGGGGGGAGCUCAGGCACAUGGAGAAGAUGGCAUGGGACCAGUCCAAUUGGGAUAGACCAAUCCAAUGCAGUAAAAUGUUCCAACAGACUCCAUUGCACCGUGAGAGACAAACGAAUAGAGUUGCAAUGACCAUGGGAGUGGCUGGCAUUGGGAAAACGGUCUCCGUGCAGAAUUUCAUUCUGGACUGGGCUGAAGGAAGAUCUAGUCAGGAGGUGGACUUCAUACUGCCUCUUCCUUUCCGAGAGCUGAACCUCAUGAAGGAGAGAACCAUCAGUCUGGUGGAUCUUAUUACACACUUUUUCUCCAACAUAAAAGAUCCCAGCGUCCUCACCAGGUCCAAGCAUAAAGUCAUGUUCAUCUUUGAUGGUUUGGAUGAGUGUCGACUUCCUCUACAUUUCCGCUCCAACCCAAAGUGCUAUGAUGUAUCCCAAGCAGUCCCAGUGGACGUGCUGUUGACAAACCUCAUUAAGGGGCAUCUGCUUCCUUCUUCUCUCGUCUGGAUCACCACCCGGCCAGCGGCUGCCGAUCAGAUCCCUUAUGAUCGUCUCGACCAGUUGACGGAAAAAAGGGGGUACAGUGAGCAUAUGACAGAAGAGUACUUCAAGAAGAGAAUGGCAGAUGAUAACCUAGCUAGCAGAACCAUCUCAUAUAUGAAGACAUUUAGGGAUAUCAGUACCAUGAGCCACAUUCCAGCAUUCUGUUCGAUUGCAGCAACUGUAAUAGAGAGAAUGUCAGGCGGAUCUGAAAGUGUAGCGAUGCCGAGAACCCUCACUCAGAUGUACACCCACUAUCUGAACAUUCAGACCAGUGCAAGGGAAGAUGAGGAUGUUGGAAUGAUUGUCAAAUUGGGGAAACUGGCUUUCCAACAGAUGGAACAGAGGCAGGGCAAUCAGAUUUUCUAUGAUGAUGACCUGAGAAAGUGUGGCAUUGAUGUCACAGCAGCUACAGAGUAUGCAGGAGUGUUUAGUCAGAUCUUCAGAGAGGAGGCUGUUACGCACGAUGACAAGGUUUUCAGCUUUGUGCAUCUGAGCAUUCAGGAGUUCCUUGCAGCUUUACAUGUGUUCCUCUGCUUCAUCAACAGAGAGCAGGACAUGCCAGGCCAACAGGGAACCUCUCAACUCUCUUCUCUUUUGAGAGCUGCAACACAGGAAGAUUUAUACCAUGGAGCAGUUGAUCUAAACUUACAAAAUGAACACCUACACCUUUUCGUACGUUUCCUGGUGGGGUUUUCAUUGGAGUCCAAUCAGAGUCUCCUAAGAUACUUACUGCCACAGGCAAGCAACCAAUCACUGAGCUCAGAGUGCACAGCCCAGAUAGUCUUGCAAAAGAUUGACAAUAGGAUGAGAAACAGGAUUGGCCCUUUCUACCUCCUGAAUGAAGUGAAUCAUCAUGCUGUUGUGGAGCACAUAGAUCGAGACUCUGGAACUCUGUCUGUAGAGAUGCCCUUACCCAAAACGAGACUAACCAAACAAUUCAGAUUGAACAUGUUAGAAAACCAGAUGGAUGGGUUUGACCUGCAGAAGUACAUAAAGACACCAGAGAUGGAUCAAACAGACUUACUCAAUCCCAAUGACGUCCUUGAGAGGCUGAUGCCAGUAGUCUCAACAUCGGUAUCUGCUCGGAUGGAGACGGGUAUUCUGACAGAGAAUAGCUGUUCCUAUCUGGCGUCUGCCUUGAUGUCACACUUCUCCAAUCUGCGACAGCUCAAGUUGAGUUACAACAGAGUACGGGACUCAGGAGUGGAGCUUUUAUGUUCGGCUCUUUCACAUAUAAACUGCAGACUGGAGGAACUACAGAUAGUUUUCUGUCAGCUGACAGAGAAGAGCUGUUCCUAUUUGGCCUCUGCCCUGACUUCACCCGCCUCACAACUCAAACAGCUGAACCUGAGCGAUAACAACCUGCAGGACUCAGGAGUGAAACUCUUAUGCUCUGCUCUUCGACAUCCAAACUGCAAACUUGAAGAACUACAGUUAUGGAGCUGCAAUUUGACAGAGGAGAGCUGUUCCUAUCUGGCCUCUGUCCUGACCUCCCAUUCAUCUCGCCUCAAACAGCUGGACCUGAGUAAUAAUGGCAUCCUGCAGUCCGGGGUGGAGCUGUUAAUAUCUGCCCUCACUCAUUACAACUGUGCACUGGAGACUCUAGAGCUAAAAUACUGUCAGCUGACGGAGAGCGUCUGCAUCUGUCUGCUGUCUGCAUUGAAUUCUGGCAUCUGCAGCCUGCGACACCUCGUGCUGCGGGAGGACGGCCUGCAGGCUCAUCAGGAGAAGCUCUCUGCCCUGCUGCAGCACCCACACUGCACACUGGAGACACUGCAACUCAAUGAUAAAACCUACAAGAAGGAGCCCUCAGCCUCCGCUAGGAGCUUCCACCCUUCAGACACUCCAGAGGCCCUCUGUGUCGACACUCCCAGGGGCUGUGCAUCAUGUGAUGAGGUGCCAGACAGCAGCCACUGGGUCCUGGUGAAGCCUGAGGUUUCCACAGACCAGGGCGUCUCCUCCUACACCUUGAGCUCUGCUGCAGGGAGCUACGAGUGCUUGGUGUCCCGUCUGCGCUGGUUGUGUGCUGGUUCAGUCACCCUCCAGUACCACUUCCUGGACUGGUACGCCUCUGCUGAAGAGCUGGCCCACAUGCAGUGCAGUCCCGCUGGUCCUCUGAUGGACAUCAAGCUCAUGUCAGGUCAGCUGGAGGAGAUCCACCUGCCCCAUUUCCUGUGUUUGGGCGGAGGUGAGUCACCUGUGCACGAUGCUGUGAGGGUCCUGCAUCAACGUGACAGCGGAGUGUGUGUGGAGACGUGCGAGCUGACCCGACACCAUGCCAGACUUGUACAGCCCUCCUUCUCUGCUCUCGGCGUCAUCUACUACAUCGCCUCUCUGGUCCUUCCUGUGAAGGUGCACUCCAAGGUGCUGGUGUACCAGUGCAGCGCGUCCCGUCGGGUUUUCCGCUCCUACCUGCUGCCCGAGGACGCUCGUCUGAGGGAGAGGGUGCAGAGAGAUGAGGCGGAGCUGGGCGGAGUUUGGAGGGACAGCCCACACCCGCCCAACUCUCUUCAGAUGAGCGACUGGUACCGUCUGGCCACAGAUUGUAACGCUGAGGUCUAUCCAGAUCAGCUGGUGCUGAGGUACAGCAGUGACACCCCCAACUACUUCAAGGUGAAGCUUCCCGAUCCAGCCCUCACCUCCUUCCACAUGCAGCUGUUCAGCUCCGCGCCCAGCAGGGGGCAGCCUGUGUGGAGAGCAGAGAUUGAGUCUAUUCAUCAUGUGGCGACCACACAGGACGGGCAGACCAGGACCCAGGACCAAGCAGAAGGUGCUUAG